AUGUCGCGGAAGUCGUGUUCUGUGGGUGGGUCGAGAGGGGCGUGUAUGUGGGUGCAGGAGUGCAACCGUGUGGGAGGGAUACAUGCUGGUGUGUGCGUCGAUGGGUUCAUGUUCGGGUCGUGCUGCAGGUUGCCAGACAAACCUAUAGUGGCAGAAACCCAAAGUCCAGUAACGGAAACGGACCGGCCUUAUAUAGCGCCACCCAGCGUUACCCCGAGCACAUCAACUACCACACAAACCUCUACUCAAACCUCUCGGCCAAACACUCAAACUGUACGGCCGUCGUUCAUGACCAAACCUAUAGAUGGCGCGCCUACCCUUUAUAGUUAUCGUCCGCCAGACGUAAAUCUACCUUCAGUAGACAAUUUAGCCGCACAUAGCGAAAAUAGUGAUAUAGUUAAUAAAAUAACAUAUAACAGUGUAAAUAAGUAUCAAAAUGUACAUAGGCCGAGCGAAGAAACUAGUCCCCAUAAUAAAAUUUCAUCUAGUCUUAGCAUAUUGUCCGGGGCGCGACCUAUGGCCGUGUCGGAGCAGCACGCAGAUAACAGUAUUGCACAAGCCCACAUGAUGUCUCGACCCAGCAAUUUGAACACAAUCCAUUGGCAGGCGACAACCGAACCUUCUUUCAUUACAAAACCGAGACCAAACUGGGAGAAACCCGCGGGAAAACCUAAACCUACAAAGAAAUUUACAACCACAACCAGUAAACCACAUAAAAACUACAUGAAACCAAAGGAUCCAAUAUUGAACAUGAUUAACAAGACUGAUGAGUCUAUGCCGCUUCAGACUACUGCUGCUACGAAUAGUGUCGAAUGUGGUGUAACAGCAAUGUGGCCUCGUCCAGAGACCCGUAUAAUGGGGGGUCAAGAUUCAACAUUCGGGCGUUGGCCGUGGCAGGUGUCAGUGAGAAGGAACUCCUUCUUCGGUUUCUCUUCCACGCAUAGAUGUGGUGGAGCCAUCAUCAAUGAGGGAUGGAUAGCGACAGCCGGACACUGUGUCGAUGACCUUCUAACAUCGCAAAUAAGGAUACGAGUGGGAGAAUAUGACUUCUCUUCUGUAUCAGAGCAAUAUCCAUAUGUAGAGCGCGGUGUCGCGAGAAAAGCUGUUCAUCCGAAAUACAAUUUCUAUACAUACGAAUAUGAUUUAGCUUUAGUCAAACUGGAUUCGCCGAUACAAUUUGCACCGCAUAUAUCGCCUAUAUGUCUGCCCGCAACCGAUGAUCUUUUGGUGGGAGAAAACGCUACAGUUACUGGAUGGGGAAGGUUAUCUGAAGGAGGAAUCUUGCCAUUGGUUUUACAAGAGGUGCAAGUACCAAUAGUAUCGAAUGAGCGAUGUAAAUCAAUGUUCCUGCGCGCGGGCAGGCACGAGUUCAUUCCCGACAUCUUCCUCUGUGCUGGACACGAGAGUGGGGGCCACGACUCCUGCCAGGGGGACUCGGGAGGACCUUUACAGGUCAAAGGGAAGGAUCAAAGAUAUUUCUUAGCGGGUAUUAUAAGUUGGGGGAUCGGAUGUGGUGAAGCAAACUUACCGGGGGUUUGCACGAGAAUAUCUAAGUUCGUCCCCUGGAUACUGCAGACUGUGAACUCA